GACCCUCUGUUGUCAGUUCUAAAUCAUCAACCAAAAGAAACAGAGUGAAAGAGUGCUCGUGUGUGUAAAUCCACAUCUUAAGUUAGCGUCGCUAACAGCCCAAACAAAACGCAGUCACACAGUGUCGAAUGGCAGGUUGCGCAGGUAGACAAAGUAACAGGUUGUGCAAGAGGUGAGGGAGUAAACACCGCCCACCAGGUGUGUGUGCGUGUGUUUGUGUGCGGACAGAGUGAAUCACGUCUCCAGCACCGAGGAGAUCGUUUCACAGAAAAAGGCUGCUUUUACCUCGACGGUCUGCGGCGACAUUCGCGUUCAUGACUCCGCUCAACAAAAGUACAUGAAGGGAUUCUAACGGAGGAAUUAAGCGGCCGGAGUUGAGGCAGUGUUUAAAUGUGUUGUCCUAUGUAUCGGAUAUGGCCUCUGCUUCUUCUGGGAGGAUUGCUGGGGCCAGGUGUGCGACAUGUCAGUGGAAUAGCUAUUUACACGCCGAAAGAGGUGGAAGCGGUCAACGGGACGAAUGUGAAACUGAAGUGCACCUUCAGCACCAGUCACCCGGUGUCGACUCAGUCCGUCAUAGUGUCCUGGAACUUCAAGCCCUUAGAUUCAGGAUCGGAUGAGUCGGUGUUUUACUACCAGGAGAUACCAUACCCUCCACAGACCGGGCGUUUUAAAGGCCACGCGGUGUGGUCAGGAGAUAUUAUGAGGCAGGAUGUUUCCAUCACGCUGCAUGAGGUGCCUCCGACCUUCAAUGGCACCUACAUCUGCCAGGUGCGCAACCGUCCAGAUGUGCACGGCAGCAAUGGAGAGAUCGUCCUCACAGUUGUCAACAAAGCUUCCUUCUCUGAGAUCGGCAUCCUGGCAGCGGCAGUUGGAGGCGCCUGUGCUGUAAUCAUGGUCCUCCUCUGUAUCUUCGUGGGGGUGAGGUUUUACAAGAGAAAGCACAUGAGCACGGACAUUGAGAUGCACCCGCAGGAACGCGUGUGGAAGGACCCGACCGUGUGUUCACCUGAAGAGGCCGUUCAUCUGCUGGUGAAGAAGAAGAAAGAUUCUGUAAGUUCAGAUGAUGAAGCAUCUGAACCCAGCAGUGGAGAUGAUGAGGAAGAGGACGACCUUGAGGAGGACGAUGACGACGACGACGAUGACGACGACGACGACGAUGAUGACGAUGACGAUGAUGUUGCUGAUGAUGGUGAUUGAAUGGACACACUGGAUUGAUUAGAAUCGUCUUUCACAUUUUAACAUCCGCCUUUUUGCUAGUCACUUACGUGAUUCUGAUGUUUAGAUGACGUGUAAUUUAUAGUACUUUUACAGGACUCAUGCAUUAUGGUCACUGAAUUACAGCGUGCCUUUCUGUAAAUAUUGUCUUUUGUCUUUGUUACAAUCUGGAGCCUAUAUUACCCACAAUGCAACUCGCCUGCCAGCAGUACGUUCAGAGGUUUGGGUGUGUUCUGCUGGUAGUAGGUAAUGUAGCCUCGAGCUUCUAGCCUCAAGCAGAGAUGAGCGUGCUAACGAGAUCUCGUGGUCUUUCCUCUCUAACACUUCCAGAUUGUUCUUUCAUUUUCAAACAUAGUCUUGAGACCCAACCGACGCUGACUCAAGUGACAUCAUGUGAGGCAGUAUCAGACUUAACACAGCUGCCUCUGGGGCCACAAAAGGCUUCAUAGAACUUUUUUUUUUAUAUAUAUGCAGUGGUUCUCCCCAACAACUGUAAACAGACUUGUCUUAUUCGGUGGUGUUCCUUUACAUUUUGUAUUUGAUGGAUGUUGAUUGAUGGAUGACAGUUUGUUGUACAUGACUGCUUUAACUAUGCGUCUUUGGCUCAUUGCUAGAAACACCACAUACUAGUGCAGAUAGUGUUUGUUCAGCUAUGGCGUUGCCAGAUGUUUCUCCUGUUCAUUUUUUUUAUUUUUUUUUUAAAGCAUCAGCCGAGAGUACAUAAAUCAAAAUUUUUUGAAAGAAGUGUUUUUGCAGAGGGUUUUGAAUGCUACUAGAGUGAAACAGAAGAAUGGGUGUCAUCAUUUAUUUUUUGCUACCAGGAAGUCCACCACAAGACUUGUGAGUGAUCAACAAAGGACGGUGUUUACUACAUUUGCAAUGCUGCACAAUUGAUUUUAUAUUUAGUUUUUGUACAUAGUGUAAAGUAAGCAGAAAUUCUCAACUUUUUGAAAGUCCUGAAAUGUUGUCAUAUAUAUUUCUGUAUAGCAACUCUGGAAUAAAGAACUGUUUUUGAAAUGA